AUGGCCUACAUUAUGCUGUAUGUAGACGACAUCAUCCUCAUCACCUCCACUCAGGUCCUCCGCCAAUCAAUUAUGUCAUUCUUAGCAUCUGAGUUUGCAAUGAAGUAUUUGGGCCCUCUGAGUUACUUUAUGGGUAUUGCAGUAUCUCGUCAUCCCGAUGGCAUAUUUCUCAGUCAAAGCACUUAUGCUUCAGAGAUCAUUGAACGUGCUAGCAUGACGUCUUGUAAACCAUCAGCCACUCCUGUUGACACUAAGCCGAAACUUAGCACCUCCUCCGGCACUUCUUAUGAGGAUUCCUCCUUGUAUCGGAGUCUUGCAGGGGCCCUAAAGUAUCUCACCUUCACUCAACCUGAUAUAUCAUAUGAUGUUCAACAAGUUUGUCUUCACAUGCAUGCCCCUCGCACGAAACACAUGCUUGCUCUUAAGCGCAUUUUGCGCUAUGUUCAGGGAACCUUACAUUUUGGACCACACUUACCCCCAUCUCCCAUUACAAAACUUAUCUCCUACACUGACGCUGAUUGGGGUGGAUGUCCUGACACCAAACGUUCUACAUCUGGUUACUGUGUUUUUCUAGGUGACAACCUUAUUUCCUGGUCUUCCAAAAGGCAGCCAACUCUCUUCCAUUCCAGUGUUGAAGUCGAAUAUUAG